CAGCCAGCAGCCCUGCAGAUUCACAAAGAGCGCGAUCAGAGCCAUCCCAUCACUGCUUGGAUUUAAAACUAUCUUCACACUGACAAGGCACCGCCGAACAACCGGGUGCAACUUGCUGCUGUUAUGAUUAAGAAAAUGUCUCCAACCGAGAACGACUUCGACAUUCCGGCCAAGAAUUGCCACAGGAUGGUGAUUCUUGGCUCCACUAAAGUUGGGAAGACGGCCAUCAUCUCACGGUUUCUCAACGAGAGGUUUGAUGACCAGUACACGCCGACCAUUGAGGACUUUCACAGAAAGUUCUACAGCAUCAGAGGGGACGUGUACCAGCUGGACAUCCUCGACACAUCUGGGAACCACCCGUUCCCCGCAAUGAGGAGACUGUCCAUUCUCACUGGUGAUGUUUUCAUCCUGGUGUUCAGCCUGGACAACAGAGACUCCUUCCAAGAGGUGCAGCGCCUGAAGCGCCAAAUCCAUGAAACCAAGUCGUGUCUGCGCAACAAAACCAAAGAGAAAGUGGACGUCCCGCUCGUCAUCUGCGGCAACAAGUGCGACCGGGACUUUUACAGAGAGGUGCAGGACGAAGAGAUCGAGAAGCUGGUCGGGGACGAGCACUGUGCGUACUUUGAGAUCUCUGCAAAAAAGAACACCAACGUCGACCAGAUGUUUCAGACGCUGUUUACCAUGGCCAAGCUGCCCAACGAGAUGAGUCCCGACCGGCACUGCAAGGUUUCUCUUCAGUACUGCGACGUUUUACACAGAAAGUCCUUCAGGAACAAGAGGUGCAAAGACGGCAACGCGUACGGGAUAGUGGCGCCGUUUGCGCGCAGACCGAGCGUGCACAGUGACUUAAUGUACAUCAAAGAGAAAGCAAUAGGUGGCAGCCAGACCAAAGACAAAAGCUGCGUUAUUUGCUGACAUCCUUGCAAUACAGAGACUUUCCUGAACUGUUGAAGCUUAAAAAACAACCGGCCUGCAGAAAAAGAGGAGACCAAAAACAAAAAAGAACUGUAGAUCCAAAUAGGGCCGAGACGCGGUGCAAUACACGCUCUGAAAAUGCUGUAAAUGUGAUUCUGCAUUGUCUCUUUAAGAGCAGCAUCAAAGGGAAGAAAUGUUUACAUCUUGCCAUGAUUCUCUGAUAGAAUGGCACUUUGAAUGUUUGUUUUGCAGAAUGAACAAAAUGAAUACAUGUGUAUUUGUCAUGUCCUCAAAUACUUUUUUCAUAAAGGAAAAAAAAUAAAACACUUGAUACUUUCAUA